CGGCCGGAAGGAUGCGCUCCCGGAAGUUCCGGCGCAGUGUCGGUGUGUGGGAUAAACAGUCAUGGCUGAGGCGGUGGCUCUGGGAACAACGGCGGACGCCGCGGCGGCGGUGCUGGGGCCGAGCGCCGCAGCGGGAGCGACGGGCACCAUCUUCGGGCCUGCGGCCGUGCCGCCCCUCGCGCUGGGGCCGGGCGGCGGCUGGACCAAGCAGGUCACCUGCAGGUAUUUCAUGCAUGGAGUCUGCAAGGAAGGAGACAACUGUCGCUACUCUCACGACCUGUCCACUGGUCAGUCUGCCAUGGUGUGCAGGUAUUAUCAGCGUGGAUGCUGUGCUUAUGGAGAUCACUGCAGAUAUGAACACACCAAGCCGCUGAUGCAGGAAGAAGAAGAGACUACUGUGAAUCCAGCUGAAAAACCUUAUCCCUCAGUAUCCUCAGACCUCGCAUCACUCCCCGAAACUGUUGAAGAAGAUAUUAUUGAGAUAGAAGAUGAAAAUAUAGACCUGGCAGCUGCUGGAGUAGGUGCUGAAGACUGGGUGAAUGCUGUAGAGUUUGUUCCUGGGCAGCCAUACUGUGGACGUGCUGCUCCUUCCUGCACUGAAGUACCCUUGGAAGAAAUGGUGAUUGAGGAAGAAUAUGAAAAGCAGGAAGCAGAUGUGGAGAUGAAGAAGCAGCUGUGCCCCUAUGCUGCGGUGGGAGAAUGUCGUUAUGGAGAAAACUGCGUGUAUAUCCAUGGGGACGUCUGUGAUAUGUGUGGACUGCAGGUCUUGCAUCCAAUUGAUGCUGCACAGAGAUCCCAGCACAUCAAGUCUUGCAUUGAAGCUCACGAGAAGGACAUGGAGCUUUCAUUUGCCGUCCAACGUAGUAAAGACAUGGUGUGCGGGAUAUGCAUGGAGGUGGUGUAUGAAAAAGCUAAUCCUAGUGAGCGCCGCUUUGGGAUCCUCUCCAACUGCAACCACACUUACUGUCUCAAGUGCAUCCGCAAGUGGAGGAGUGCUAAACAGUUUGAGAGCAAGAUUAUAAAGUCCUGCCCAGAGUGUCGGAUCACAUCUAAUUUUGUCAUUCCAAGUGAGUACUGGGUGGAGGAGAAGGAAGAGAAGCAGAAACUCAUUCAAAAAUACAAGGAGGCAAUGAGCAACAAGCCAUGCAGAUAUUUCGAUGAAGGCCGUGGGAGCUGUCCAUUUGGAGGGAACUGUUUUUACAAACACGCGUAUCCUGAUGGCCGCCAAGAGGAGCCACAGAGACCCAAAGUGGGUACAGCAAGUAGAUUCCGGGCCCAGCGGAGGAAUCGGUUCUGGGAGUUCAUUGAGGAGCGAGAGAAUGGUGACCCAUUUGAGACCGAUGAGGACGAAGUGGUGACCUUUGAGCUCGGUGAGAUGUUGCUCAUGCUGUUGGCAGCAGGAGGUGAUGAUGAGCUAACGGAUUCCGAGGACGAGUGGGACUUGUUUCAUGAUGAGCUGGAAGAUUAUUAUGACCUGGAUCUAUAGCACCUGACAGUGGAGUGUGGACUGUCGUCUUGGCUUCAGGCAGUAGCUAUUACUUACCUGUGGUGUUGUGGCAGUGCCUGUGUUUCUCCUAGGCAGGCCUAUCAAUUCCAGGUGCUGUUGUAAUAACUUUUACCCAGGGUCUGUCUCCUCCCAUCCUUUCCCACCCCAAGAGUGUUGUUUUUCCUCUGUCUAAACAAAUAACAAGAAAUCUUUAAAAUCUUAGUUUUUGUAAAAAUGAAUUUAACUGUCAAACAGUUAGCUUAGAUUUGUUGCUUCAUCUAUGUACCCAACAGAGCUCACCCAGUUCCAGGGUUAAAGUGUUUACAGGACUUCCACACUCAUUUUGAAGAGCCCAGAUACAAAAAUGAGCAGUGGCCAUGCAGUGGGGAUGUAAAUUGGCUGAUGGCCUCUUUUCUGUCUCUGUAUCAAUAUUUCUGACGUCAGGCCAGAUACAAAUAAUCCUUUUCUGGCAUCAGCUCCGUUCCAACCCCCUCAUGUACACAUCUUCAUUUGUGAUUUUUGGACUCUUGUUUACUUGCACAUUACUAUUACUACUGUGUAACCAGAACCAGGUGUGAAUGUUCCGGGUUUUUACUGUGUCUAGCAUGAAAGGAUAAUGUCUUAGUGAAAGGAGAACUUUCUAUGUGUAUAUACAGAUAAAUGUAGAGUUGGACCUCAAGGAUGGGGAGACUCUGUGUAAGUUAAGUAACAAGACCACCUUCCAUCCCCUCUUGGUGCAUGAAGUCUAGCCUCCAUUCGGACACAAAACUGGUUUAGUGGUCUCAGCUCAGUCUGUGGCAACGAUCCCUCAUACACCAGCUCUCUUUCAUGUGUUUCAUUAGGGUUGUGCAGGAGCAGAAGUCCGGUUAGCCGAGUGGGGUCAGAGGAACAUGAGAGGCCCCUUCAGCUGUAUUGCUCUUUCAGUUUUAGAACUUGGUGUGACCACGUAAGCCAUGAGCUUUGCUAGGAAAUCUCUGUGCCUCUCGGCUGGUUCAAGGUACGUGUGCCUUCCAGCAUCUGAGUUGGGCAGGUUGCCUGGUCAAGCUGUUCAGCUUACGCGAGUUACCGCUUAGGAAGUCGGUCAUGCAGUUUCUGGCUGUAAUUUGCAUUGAGAAAUUACAUUGCCACCAAAGCUCCAGUACAGGAAUUUUAACCUUGCAUUACAUUAUUGCUAUUUGUUUUUUUUUUAUUGACUUGUGGAUGCCCCGUGAUCUGUUUUCCUGCUGCUCUUGUCCCCUAGACUGCCUCUCCUUUCACUUUUAAUUGGAAUGAGAAAUUGUUCCGAGGUCUAUAAUGUCAUGUUUUGCAGCUGCCUUUUGUAAGAAGCACUUUUCCCAAAUAAAAAAAUACAAAAAAAUGAAAAAAACAAAAACCCAAAAAAAUCAA